AUGACUGGUCGUGGUAAAGGUGGCAAAGGCUUGGGAAAAGGUGGCGCUAAACGUCAUCGUAAAGUGUUGCGUGAUAACAUCCAAGGUAUCACCAAGCCUGCAAUCAGACGUUUGGCUCGUCGUGGCGGUGUAAAGCGUAUCUCUGGAUUGAUUUACGAAGAAACCCGUGGUGUCCUGAAGGUGUUUUUGGAAAACGUUAUUCGUGAUGCUGUCACCUACACUGAACACGCUAAGCGUAAAACCGUCACCGCUAUGGAUGUCGUCUACGCUUUGAAGAGACAAGGUCGUGGUAAAGGUGGCAAAGGCUUGGGAAAAGGUGGCGCUAAACGUCAUCGUAAAGUGUUGCGUGAUAACAUCCAAGGUAUCACCAAGCCUGCAAUCAGACGUUUGGCUCGUCGUGGCGGUGUAAAGCGUAUCUCUGGAUUGAUUUACGAAGAAACCCGUGGUGUCCUGAAGGUGUUUUUGGAAAACGUUAUUCGUGAUGCUGUCACCUACACUGAACACGCUAAGCGUAAAACCGUCACCGCUAUGGAUGUCGUCUACGCUUUGAAGAGACAAGGCCGCACUUUGUACGGUUUCGGCGGUUAA